AUGGAGCCUGUAUCUGCAACUAUCCCCUCUCCCAGCAAGAGUGGCCUUUAUUCUACCGUUCUGGAUCCUGAUUUCGAGUCCCUCUUUGUCUCCAAGGUACAGACCGCAUCGGCCGGGCUCCUUCCGGUGGAUGAGCACAACGCCGGUCAAGCAUUGUUCGCGAUCCAAAAGGUUGCAUCGAAGUUCUCUGAGCUUCCGAAUUGGCCCCUGCAUCUUCGCUCUCUGGAGGGUUGCGAAGAACUACUCCGACGAACGGCGGAACUAAUUGUUUUACUUAUUGAAGUCUACGAGAGCAAGGCCUUUGCUUGGUUCUGUGAAAAUGUGGACUCCAUACUGUCGGUUGACCUGAGGGCCGACGUAAACCUACGGGAACUGAUGAACAGAGUAAAGGUUAAG